AUGGUCAAAGUGAGAGUCGAAUUUUUGGGUGGACUUGAUGUUAUUGUGAACAAGCAACGUGUCUACGAUCUAGAUGUUCCAAGUCAAGUAGAAAACGUUGGGGAUCUGAUUGAUUACAUUAUAGAAAACCUUAUAACAAACAAGAAAGAUGUCGAAGUAUUCAUCGAGAAUGACUCUAUCAGGCCUGGUAUCAUUACCUUGAUUAAUGAUACUGACUGGGAAUUGGAGAACGAGAAAGAGUACGUCAUUGAAGAUGGAGAUGUCAUCUCAUUCACUUCUACAUUGCAUGGUGGUUGA